AUGGCGAACAGAAAGGGCAAGCGGACUGCACAGAAGAUGGCUACUAUUGAGGAAGGUGGUGCAGGAGACUCAUCAGUCCAGCCAGAAGGCUCUUUGAACGCAGAGGUGACGGUGACAGUACCUGCAACACUAUCAGCCGCUGAUGGCGCAGAUGAGGCAGCUGUUGAUGUGCAUUCAUCCCCUCAACUGAAGAGAAGGGACAUUUCCCCGAUUGAUGAGCACCGCGAGACGAGGAAAUUCUCCGGACAGGAUACACAUUCAGAGACAGAAUCCGAAGAGACAGAAUCCGAAGAGGCCGAUCCAAACCUCCCACAAGCUCGGUCUAACAAGAGGGAUGUGCAGAUAUUCAACACAACGAGCCUGGAGCACAACUCUCUCGGUGAACGGACAGAACAGCCGAGUAACGACCUGGCCCAGCAGAUAAAAGCUUUAAGAACUGAAAAUCAGGAGCUCCGAGAGAGGAAUAUCCUACUUAACAAAUUAUUUCAGGCCAGGGAAAGAGAAAGAACGCGGGUAACAUGGGGAGGCUCCGAGAGAAGCACGGAUUCAGCGAUCGAAAAGUAUUGUGAACGCCUUCAGUUCAAGUUUAUGGAUUGGUUACAUGAUUAUGCCAUCGAGGAUGUCAAUACUGUCGAUCCAAUGCUGUCAGCCAGUGAAAAGCAGAGCAUCAUCACCUCCCUGGACGGAUACUCCAGGGCUCAAAAGUUCAUCCUUCGGCUGUUUGCUCAAACACUCUGGACCAAGCAUCUCUUCGAAGAUAUCUUCUUGAAGCCUUUCCUCUACUUUGACUUUUAUGGGCAGGAAGAAAUGACCAGCACCGCGGGCAAACCAGACACCUCGCUUCCGACACAAUUACUGAACAUGUAUCAAAUGUUCCGAACAGUUGAUGAAGCCCAGGCCGAAGUAUGGCGAGGUGACACGGUUCGCCUUGCGAACUCAUGGGUUCCGGAAAACGAAAUCAGAAAAUUCGCAGGCCAGUCUUCAACUGUGGGCCCAAAUUCACACGUCCUUGGAGAGAGGAGCAAACAAGCCAGAAGAUCCGCGGUUGAACGACUCGUUUCCAGUAUUCUUGACGGUCCCAUGCGGCUCAUGUUGCGUGAACUCGACAGCCCAGAAGAAGCUGAUCUACGAAAACAGAUAAUUAUUCAGAUCUAUUGCGAUGUAGCUGAACUGGCAGCCCACUGCUGGGCCACAAGGGCGCGGUGGGAGAUCCGCGGUCUCGACAAGGUGGACAACUUCUAUUGGCAUCCCGAGACGCUGACGCCGCAUUUCUGGCAACUUGUAAACAAAUAUGACCCUAGACUGGAUGGUAAAGCGGUCCUGCUCGUAAUGCAACCGCAGUUAUUCCGGGUGGGGGGCAUGGAACUUCAAUACGGUUUUGAUAUGCUCUUGGGGAAGGCGCUGGUAGUAGUGGAAGAUCCCGCCCCAACUUAA